AUGGGGUGUUUUGCUGCAGUCUCGCGAGCAGCAGCAGCAGCAGCUUCUGCUGCUGCUGCUGCACUUCUGCUGCUGGCAGUGUCUAUACACUGCGAAGACUCUGAUUCAACAGCAGACCUGAGUCUGGGCCGGCUGAGCCUGCAGGAGCUGCUGGACCUCGAGUGCCUCGCCCUCAGCCAAGCCCGCUGCCAGCAGGGGCAGCUGCAGCACUGCAGCACUCCAGCAUCUCGGGCUCGCCUGUGGGGCCCCUCGGGGGCCCCCAGUUGUUUUGGGGGCCCCGAGUUGGACUUGGCCCGCAGCGGCCUCCACUGCCUGGGCAAUUGCGGCGAGGCUGUCUUCUGCAGGGGGGCCCCCGACCCGGAGGGGGCCCCCCUCUUGCCCCUCCCCUCUGAGCUCCGAGAUCUUCUACACUCCCACACCCAGCGCUGCUGCCAGCAGCACGCUUACAGGGGCGAGGGCUUAGGGUCUGGGCCGCGCGGAUAG